AUGGUGGCCUCCAAGCUCGCAAUCCUGUCGUUCCUCGCGUCGGCCAUGGCGGCGAGCAUCUUCGACUACCCGGCGUACACGAUCCCGGCGUUCGACCUCGACAACCUCUCGGCCGCCGACGCCAACGCGCUCGUCGACGCGCUCGAGACCAACGGCAUCGUCAACCUCAAGAACAUCCCCGACUUUGACAAGGUGCGCUCCGCCUACAUGGAAGCCGCGGCCAACUGCAUCGCCAACACGGCCGACUUUCCCGAGAAGCUCCAGAAGACGCUCGUCGACGACACGGUCAAGGAGACGCUCAGCACGAGCGUCCAGGACGGCGUGCCGGCGUCCGUGGCGGCCAUCUGUCCCGAGUACGCGGCCUUCUACGCCAAGUACAGCGAGCUCCUCGACCUCGAGACGCUCAAGCUCGCGCACGUCUUGGCGGGCCACAGCAAGAGCGACGUGGUCGAUGUCGUCAAGAACGGUCUGCAUCUGGACCACUUUCACGGCUACUCGAACCCGGAGAAAGCCCAAACUUUCUUCCACGAAGACACGGGUAUUGCGCUCGAGACGUCCGAGCCGCUCUUCUUUGACGCCAGGCCGACGGGCUUCCGCGACUGGGGCUACUUUGACUUGAAGCUGCCGCCUGUCAACCACGGCAUGAUCAUGCCGCGCAACGCGGCGUCGUCGGUGAUGCGCGGCUUCACGGGUCGCAUGCUCUUGCUGCAGGGCCACGUCAAGAUGGCCAACACGGGCAUGACGUUCAAGCAGUACGGCCAGUCGAUCAAGCGUCACCUGCUCAACGAAGACAACGGUAUUGCGUCGCUGGCGUGUCCCGUGGGCCGCCAGCUCAUGGCCAUGGACGACGCAUGCACGCUCGGCAUCUGGGUGCCGGGUCCGACGUGCUCCAAGACCAAGGAGCAGUGUAUGUUUGAUUGCAACAACGAACACACGCUCGAUAAGUGCCGGUCGGACGGCUGCUGCGUGAGCCAAGGCACGGCGCCCGGCGAUUUCGUGCAAGGUGCCCGCGACGAAGCCCCCGACGCCUGCGCCGACGCCGGCUCCUACGGACGCUCCGACUGCGGCUCCUACGGCGGCUCCCACGGCGGCUCCGACUGCGGCUCCUACCGCAGCUCCCACCGCGGCUCCGACGGAUGCCCCGACCUCUGCUCCCACGACAGCUCCCACAGCAGCCCCGACUUGUGCAGCUUCACGCAAAAGAUCCUCUCCGAAUACAACAACAAGGUGUACGCCGACGUGAUUCGCCACAGCAGCAACGAGAAGCUCGUGUACAACGCCGGGUCGCAGUCGGUCGUCUUCCAGUCCAACGGCCAAUGCCUCGACGCGUACAAGGAUGGUGCCCGCUUCGAGCUCCACACGUGGCCCUGCGAUGCUUCCAACGGCAACCAGCGCUGGGUGCUCUCGGAGCACAAGCUGCGCCACGCGACCCACGCCAACCUCUGCGCCACCGUGAACCCGACGACGAACGGUGACCUCGUCCGCGUCGAGGCCUGCAGCGAGAGCCUCGCGCAGUACAUUGACAAGUGCACGGGCGCGACGACCCAGUACGUGCAGAUCCAGACGUGCAAGGGCAACAAGCCGCUCUCGGAAGCGUACACGGGCCUCUACGCCGACUCGGCGCGCCAGAACCUCAACGAGCUCUUCGAGUUCAAGGACGGCUACAUCAAGUCGGCGUCCAACGGCCAGUGCCUCGACGCCUUCCGCGACGGUGCCAAGCUCGGCCUGCACACGUACGAGUGCAACUUUGACAACAUGAACCAGAAGUGGUUCAUGGACAACGGCCGCAUCAAGCACUCGACGCACACCAACAUGUGUCUGGAUGCCGACCCGACGGACGCGACGCACAAGGCGCAGAUGUGGACGUGCUUUCCCAACAACGACAACCAGUGCUGGAAGCUCGUGGCGAUGUAG